AAAUCGAAAAGGAACUUGAUGAUGUACUGCGCGGUCACCAAAAUACUCAGAGAUCUAGCACACGAAGGAAACCCAGAGAAAGAUGAUAUACAAAAAUUGGAAAAAUCUUUGAAUGAGUUCACAUCAGCCUUGAUAGACCCUCUAAAAGCCCACGAUGAUUUCCAACAAUUAUCAAGUGGUUUUGACCAAGUGAUAGACAAAGCAAUUGAUACGAAGCAGAAGAAGUUCAUCGCUCACCCAAUGGUGUAUGACUUGCUCAACUCCACAUGGUACGGCUCUUUUUCCUCAGUAAGAACAGAAUCAUGGCGGAAACCUGGACGAUGGGGAUACUUUUUUCUCAACCUCUGGACAGUGUUUGACUUCGUCUUAUUUCCCUUGCUCUUUGCAAUUUUCUUCGCUGUGCAUUUGUUUAAACAGGCCUUGAGGAACAGGAGAGGUAUCGAGGAAAAGGACAUCUAUGAAAAAUACAAGGAAUACUUUACGACUCCUUAUUUCAUCUUUUUUCGCGACACGUUGAGCUACCUUACCCUCCUUGGUCUUCACUUCGCCAUUUGCCUGUCUCCUUCAACAAUUUCCUUCAGUGCACUAGAAUGGGUUAUCUUUGUUUUCUUCCUGGGACGCAUUUUAAUGGAGGUGGAUGAGUUUAUAAGAGCUAAAACGGCCGGAGUAAAAGCACGAACAAUAAGGGAGAGAAAUUAUGAUAAACUCAACCACCAAGAAGAAAAUGGGACUGCAGAAAAUGACGAUAUCUUGCUUAAGAAGUUUCUUAGUUACUUCAGUGACCGUUGGAAUGUGCUUGACCUCAUUACUCUUUUUUUCUACCUGAUUACCUUCAUCUUACGCAUGAUCACAUGGAGUAACUCCACGGACGUAUCAAACAACAGAUUUUUGGCUGUGGCGGAGUAUUUCUAUGGCUUUAUCGCCAUGGUUCUCGCUCUGAGGACCUUUGGUCAAGUCAUGGAGUGCAAGCAGAAAUUGGGCCCAAUACAAAUCGCCUUAUUCUCCAUUAUCAGGGAUGUGUUUGCGAUAUUUUGGCAGGGUUUGGCCAUAAUUCUGGCGUUUUCUCUGGCCAUCACCAAGAUUUAUGUUACUGAGAAAGCCUAUACCUCAGGAAAAGAUUCUGCGGAGGAUUUGGCAUGCGGUGAAUCAGGGAUAAUUUGUUGGUGGAACAUGGCGACGCACCUAAGCUGGUCUUUACUGGGCUUAGGCGACCUGGAUAAAUUGAAUUCCGUCGACAAUCCUUCCGCUUUUAUGGUUCGUCUCCUGUACAGCUUCUUCUUAAUCAUAGCAGUUAUUCUUCUCGUUAACAUGAUGAUUGCUUUGCUCUCCAAUACCUAUCAGCACGUUCAGAAUAAUUCACUCCAGGAGUGGUCUUUCAAGAAAGCCAUUACUGUUAGGACUUACAGUACCUAUCAUCCGAUACCAGUACCUUUCAACAUUUUGUCUAUCCCACUGAAAGUGUUUUGGAGAACACACUUUGACAGUCCUGCUUUAGACGAGGAAGGUCGGCUUUCUCUGAUUCGACAGAGUGACAACCUGGAUAAAUUGGUGGAUAGCUUACAAACAAUCUACUUCGAGAAGUAUGGUUAUGAAUUUCCACUCACAGAAGAGAAAAAGAUAGAUCACUUGAUUCAAGAAAAUGAAGGAAAUCGGAAAAUGACCAGUCAGAUAGCACGGCAAGUAUUCAAACCGCUUGGAAACAAGGAGGAGAAACUUGCGUUUGGCCAAGGAGCGUGGUAUGAUUCGCAAGGAAUUGCCGUCGAUGGCUGCCUCUUAACUUACUUGGGACCUAAGUUCUGCCACGAUUGCAAUGGAAGCAGUAUUCAGGUUGAGGAACAUAGCGCCAAAUUUAACUCUCCUUUUACACCAGAGACACCUCGACUUGAGGUACUUAUUCAGGAGACGGGGGAGAGGCGUUCAAUAGGAUUGGGUGUGGUGUAUGAGGAUUAUAACCAUCACAAUUUCCCCGGGUGGCGUCCUGGAACAGUUGGUUACCACGUGGACGAUGGGAAUAUAUUUGAAGGCGUGCCCUGUUGUGGAAGAGAAGUCGAAGGAGCCAUGGCUCACCGCGGCGAUCUCAUUGCGUGUGAAGUUGAUUUUGAGGGAGUGCACGAUGGCAGAAUCCCUGUGUUGUUUUUCUUAAACGGUAAAGAAGUGGCGCGAUCUUCAUUGAAGUACACCUCAGGGCAAAAACUGAUUCCCUCCGUCGCAUUGGCAGCUAAAGGCAUUACAGUGCUGGCAAAGAUGUGCCACCGUGACGGAGACCCUUCCAGAAGAGUGACAAAUGAAGACCUGCAAGAGAAAAUUGACCUUCUUCAGGAACAACUUGCCGAACUGAAAAAAUUAGUUCAGGUUUCGAUGGAAGUAAAAGAGAAAAAAGAACCAACUUCCUUGUAAUUUGAGUUAAGUCCUCAGGUGAUAGUGUAAAUGCGCGAGCUUUGAUGGAUCAGGGAGUUGAUCAGUAGCACCCUUGCAGCUCCAAUUUCAGUAUUCCUCGCUCGUCAUUACUCCAUUCUUUUUUAACGGAGGGAGGAAAAUAAGUAAGAUUGUAGCCAUCUCAGUAGUUGUACGAAAAGGUUUUUUUCAGCUUACGUUCAAUGGACACUCGUUUGUUACCAUUUUUAUGAAUAAAUAAUAGGGUGAAUUUCAAAUAGUAUCUACAAACUAUAUCUACAUCUGUAAGAUGUCUCGUAAAGUUUCAAUGUAUUUUACUUACUUGCAAAGAAUUUAGAAAUUAAGAAAAGCAUGUGUCCUUUAAAAGUUACUUUUGCUUUAUAUAAUUCUUCAACUUCAAAUAUCUGGUCUGCAAUUCUCUCCUUCAGCUUGAAAAUCAUUUGGGAGAAUGUAGGGUUCAAUCAAGAUGUCACUUUUCUUAUGCUUUAAAUCUAUUCUCUCUUUGCUGAAGAACGCGUCGGUAUUGUAGAAAGAAAAGUAAUUUUAAUACUCUCUUUACAUUUGAUUAUUUUCUUUCGUUUGAGUGUCAAUAUACUAGAUGGACAGAUCGCAUUUACAUCAGUCUAUGUGAAUUACAAAUACUCUGCCCCCUAACCAUAUAUUCUUAAGUUUGUUUCAGAAUUUAUACUGCUUUCUCAGUUUACGUAAUCGUUCGAACAAUGCGUGCAGUGUUAAGUCAAUAUUGCUGAUAAGCGAUCUUUUAAAGUUGGUUUUAUACAAGUUUUGUGCUAUUAUCAAACUCCUGUAAAGUGUGCUCACUCGGGAAAUUUCUGAAUAAAAGAAAUUUUGUCGCGA